UCCCUGAGUUGACCCAGAAAAUAGGCAGUCGUUUCAAGAUCUGAUGCGGCAGUCUUUGUGCACACCGUCCCCGCUUGAGCAUGAAGCGUAACCCUGUGGAAUACAUACUGUAAUUCAGAGGAGCUUUACCGUGCAGAAAAGAGCAGCUUCAGAAAAAAGGACGGAAACCAAGCAAAGUAGCGCAACUUUGUAAAAACGUAGCGGAUACGGACAGGAGGCAUGGCAGACCAUCUGAUGAUGCCCAUGAAUCACAGCUCAGCGGGCGCCAGUCUCCACGGUUACAGGAUGGGCAUGAAUGGCGGCCUGCAGGCAGGUCACCAGCAGCAUGCUAACCAGCAGGGCAUGCGGGCGAUGCCCAAUGGCCAGAUGAUGCAUUAUGGCGGCGUUCAGGCCAACAUGGAGGCGGCCAUGAGACAGCGGCAGGGUAUGGUGGGCGGACCCAUGAAUGGACAGCUGAAUGGAGCCCAGAUGGGCCACCACCAGAUGACCUCUGGUAACAUGAUGUAUAAUGGCCAACCACAACAACAACAACAGCAUCAUCCUCAGCAGCAGCAGCAUCACAUGCAUCCACAGCAGCACCAGCAACAAGCCCAGCACCCACAGCAACAGCAACAACAGUUCAUGAACGGAGGCUUAACGUCCCAGCAGCUCAUGGCCAGCAUGCAGCUGCAGAAACUCAACACCCAGUAUCAUGGACAUCCACUGGGGCCUAUGGUUGGAAACCACAUGGGGCCCACAGCCCAGUACCGAAUGAACCCGGCCCAGCUGGCCAACAUGCAGCACAUGGCUGGACCAGCGCUGGCUCUGAACGGCAUGGAUGCUGAUAUGAUCGACGAGGAGGUCCUGACCUCGCUGGUCAUGGAGCUGGGCUUGGAUCGAGUCCAGGAGCUGCCAGAACUCUUCCUUGGCCAGAAUGAGUUUGACUUUAUUUCAGACUUUGUCAGCAAACAGCAGCCCAGCACUGUUAGUUGCUGAGAGGACCUGAUUAGCAAAUGGACACAAUGGAGACAAGGGGAGUGUGAAUUUUCCAGGAUGGAUGAAGAGUGCUCAUUCAUUCACUUUUUAUUUUUGUGGGCACCUUCCUGCACAACUAAACAGUGCAGGAUGCACAGAAGACGGCUCUGGAUAUCCACACUGAAUGCACAGUGCUCAAGUUCCGCAUGUGCUAGUGGCCAGAGGGUGGUUGGCUUUAAGGCCUAGUUCCAGUUCUUCAAUUUCCUGGACAUGAAUGUAAUAAAGAAAUGCUGAAAUUCUCAAAAAGCCACUCUGAACAAUGCUAUGACACUGUGUAGCCUCCAAGCCUGGACUCCCAUGACAAUUUACCAGUAAAAGGUGUAUUUAUUUAUUCCUAUUUGAGAAAACUGAUAUAAAGAACCACCACCAUCUCUAUUUCAGGAAUCACGCGAUAUUAAUGAUUUUUCAAAGUAGGACUACAGAAAACAUCACAUUUUAAGUUCUCUGCUUUGUUUUCCUUUUUGCCCCAUUUUGUUUGGCCUAGUAUUAAAAAAUAAGCUCAGAUGACAAAGUGAGACUGGAGUUUCUACCUGAAAGUCUGACAUGUGAGAAGUACAAUGUUAUCUCAUUUCAAUGGGAGACUCAUUGAGAUUGGAAAAUGGUUCACUUUUGGAAAAGUGCUGCCUUUUUAGAUGUGAUGUUCUCAAAAAUCUACUGCUUGUACUGUAUGAAGCUAUGAAGCUGUAUAACUCCAACAUGUCCACACUGUUGUGUUCUAUUGGAGAUGUAGAACCGCCUUAAUCGCGCAGAUUCUUAUUUAUUGGUUGUUUAUAUUGUCCCCUUUUUUGUGGUCAAGAUGGGGGGUGGUCUCUGUGAAAAGGGGUUUUGAGGAUCAAUAAAGAUGGCCUGGAUAGAAA